AUGCAAGCUGAAAUCACAGCUCUUGAAGAUAACAACACCUGGUCUAUUGUUCCUCUUCCUCCUGCCAAGAAGAUGAAUUCAGAGUUAGUAGUCAUUCUUGCCUAUGUAGAUGAUCUUCUAGUAACUAGAAGUAGUCUAAGACUGAUCAAACAAGUCAGAAAGGAUUUGCAGGAGAGGUUCAAGAUGAAAGAUCUUGGUGACCUUAAAUACUUUCUAGGGAUUGAGUUCUUUAGAUCUCAGGAAGGAAUUGUUAUGUGCCAAAGGAAGUAUUCUUUAGAACUAGUUUCUAAACUAGGCCUAGCAGGUGCAAAGCCAGCAACAACACCUCUAGAGUUCAAUCACAAGUUCACAUCCAUUGAGUUUGACAAGCAAAUACCAAAUGUUAGAUCUACAGUUGAAAAAGAACUUGAAGACAAGGGAGGUUAUCAGAGACUAGUUGGAAGGUUGCUGUACUUAACCAUGACAAGGUCUAACAUUGCCUUUGUAGUUCAAGGGCUCAGACAGUAUAUGCAUGCACCUAAGAUUUCUCACAUGGAAGCUGCCCAAAGAGUGGUGAGAUACAUAAAAACUGCUCCUAGACUUAAAUUGCUUAUGCCUGCAAAAGCAAGCAAAUCUCUGUCUGCAUACUGUAAUUCUGAUUGGGGGCUUGUGUAG